UAAUGGCUGGUUAGCUGUCCCAAUUAGGUAUCUGCAAUAAACAGAAAGUUGGUCUUAUAGAAUUCUGUAAGUCAUCCCCCUGCUUUAUUUUGGACCCUUAUGCCAAAUUCCUAUGCCAAAUUCUCCAAGAACUCUGGUUUCUGGUAUGUAUACCUGUGAUAUCAGCAUGUCUUGUUUUGUGUGUUAUCAAUUUCCUCUUGCACCCUUGUAUUAAACUUUUCAGUUUCUUCAACUUCAGCAUCAGUUGUUAGAGCAUAGACUUGGAUGUUGGUUAUAUUGAUACAUUUUCCACAAAUUCUGAUUGAUAUAAAGCAAUUGGACUUUUUAUCAUAGCAUCUUACUCCCUGUGCCACUUCUUGGCUCAGUAUUAGAGGAACUGUGUUUGUCAUUUCCAGAAUAAAAUAAGAAACAUCCAACUGCAAAUGUGCCACUCCAGCCUACUUUAGUUUGCUUGUGGCAAGUACUGUGCUAUUUAAAAAAAACCUUGCUUUAUGAUUUCCAGCUUUCCUUGAUUGCUACAUCUCAUGUUUCAUGUACAAAUUGUAUGUGUUGUGUGACAUCAGACUUUUUCUUUGCCUCUGUGCAUGUCAGAGACUAGACUUUCUUUCAGCUUUGAUCUAGUUGUCUCAUAAGUGACAGCACUAUUUGUAGACUUCUGCAGUUCCCAGUAGCUGGUUGAGUGCCUUCUUACCUGAAAAUCUAAUCUUCUGACACUAUUCAUUUUGGAUUGUUUCAUCAUAGGGUUUUCAGGGUAAGAAAUUUUCAGAAGCUGUUUGUCAUUGUGUUCUGCAUUAACCAGAGUUAACUUGAGUGCUGCUGCUGCUGUUUGUGAAAGAUCCUGUGCCAGUUUCUCCUUCAACUACUGGUACUGCCUGCUACUACCCUUCAGGUGUUUUUCUGCCCCCAUGACCAUUAGAGAUAUCCAUUUUCCUCAGGUGGAAAGGGUGGACGCUUCUUAGACCAACACCUCUACUUUGAGCAUUCUGUCUUGGGUGACCUGCUAGGAGACCAGCCUAGUGAAAGAGGCAUUCUGGUGGCAUUUCUCUUGGCUUCUCUGACACUCUCAAAUCCAGUAUUUUAUACAGGGCUAUUUGUAAGAUAAUCCAAUAAUUGCAUUAAGGUUGCAUUAUUAUACUGACAUGGGAGUAAGGUCCCUUGAAUGCAGUAGGACUUAUUUCUAAGUAGCUAUGGACAGGCUUCACAAUAUAUGAAGUACUCAUAAUGGUAAGGAAAAAUGAUAGCUGUGCUAUCUGCUUGCAUAGGAAAAUAUCCUUCCUUCAUCAUUAAAAAUAAGGGCAUAACAAUGGAUAAUAUGCUAAUAAUGUCUUGCAUAGUAAAGCAUCAUUUAAGGUAUACUGAUCUUUCCUUAAAAGCCAGUUUAAAAUUCUUAUUAAUUAACGAAGUUGAACCAGUCAUAUAUUUAUAUGAAAAAUAAAGUCUGUUAAUUUAGGAUCAGUGUUACUGAAUGUUUAAGGCUGAUGUUAAAGAAGAUUUAAUAAAAUUAUGAAUAACUAGGAAUUUAUAAUAAAAUUAUGAAUAGGGUUUUUUGUAAUUAUAAAUUUCUGUUGUAGGUGGGGAGGUGGAAAGGUGACAGUUAAGAGCUGGAAUACAUGGUCUAAGGGUAAAUGGCAUAGGAGUAUGGCUCCUGAAAGUGUAAAAAAAAAAUGGAAGCAAAAAGAAUGAUUGGUAAGACGCUCCAGCCUGCAAGACCUGUGCGCCACCUCUCUCCCCAUGUAUCAACAGCCACUUUCAGCUUCCAAGCUAAGUUUCCAUGUAGCCCUACUGUAUGCUUGCAAAAUGAAAUUAGCUCUAUGUGUAAACCUAGUGGAAUGUUGGUCUUAAAUGAAACUCUAGUUCCCAGUCUGUCAGAGCAACAUAAACCUGAAGUCACAAAAGAAAGAAUAACAUAUAGUAGAGAUUUUCUUUUGAAGCUUUCAGAGGUUUCUCUUGCCCAAAAGAAACCAGAAUUUCUCCCUGAUCAUCCUAUAGUACUUGAAAAACCAAAAAACUACUAUUUACUGCCUGCUGCAAGCAAUGAUAGGUCUUUCUGAAGAUGAGGAAUGUCUUUUUCACCACUAAAAAUUAAGGAAAUGUGAUCUGUAAUGCCAGUAGACUGUAAUCAAACUUAUAUUUUACAGCUGAUGUACUCAUUAUUUCAUGUCAGAAGUAAAACUAUUUUCAACAGAGAA